AUAUGUAACAACAAUAACAACAACGAUACCAUGCUCAGUAUGCUUUUUUCGUUAAGUUACCGGUACGACACAGUGGACUAAAAUAACAAUUAAAUGCAACUGACUUUUAUAUUUUCAAGUUUAUUUCUAUGUUACAGUUAUAACUGAUAUCAAAGGAUAAAAGCUGGAAAUGACAAAAUGCCUUUGCACAAAUAUGUUACUUUCAAAUUGGUGGACCACAUAAAAUGGUACAAAUUUUGAAAAAUAUUUCCAGAUACGUUUUUGUAUAUUUGUUUUAUAAUGAAGUGGCCUUUAUUACCGACUUGACUGAACUGUCAUAUUUUUUCAAAGUAUUCUUAGUAUUUGGUUUUGCUUGCUCAUAGUGUCUACUAAAAACAUGUCCAUUCACUAUAUAAGGAAGCCGGACGUUUUUUUUAUUUGUUACCAUAUACUUAAAGAAAGUACGUUUAAAAGAAGAUAUGAUUAAAAUGAUUAUAUUGUUAGAGAAUUUAAUAUGGACAGGGUGUAUUUUCUCGGAUAUGUGUUACUGUUUUUGAUUGUUAACACCGUUUCGUUGCACUAUAAUUGUGGUAAACUUUCUUUGGAAUACAUUCAAACGGGAGAAACAGUUUCAGCUAAAAUAUAUUUCAAUCAUUCGGCGGAUCUUGAAUGGUAUACAUGGAGACGUGUCAGCCCUUUCAGACACCUAAAAAACUCGACUAAAUAUGUUAUUUCAGAAAAUCCGCACACAAUCAUUAUUAAAAACUUAGCUUCCUCUGAUGAUGGCAGAUAUGAUACUGAAUGUACUUUAACAAAUGGUAUUGUACGUGUAAGCGCAAAUGAUAUUUCUAUAAGUCUGGACAUAAUGUACACAACACUUGUAGACACAUCACGUGACUCGGUUUCAUCACGUGAUCAAUAUUCAACAACGAGAGUAUUUGAAACUAGAAUUACCGAAGGAAAUGAAUUUUCCGAAACGACACCUUCGUCCACAGAAAGAAUGCCGAAAACAACGGAGAGAACAAUAUCCCAAUACACUGGAUUAUUUGCUACCACACAAAAGGAACCAGAUAAUAGGACACCACUAUCCUACACUACAGAAACAGUAUCAUCUGAAGGUGGAACACUGUCUUCAUCAACAGAGACAGUAUCAUCUGAAGGAGGAACACCGUCUUCUUCUAUCGAAACGGUAUCAUCUGAAGGAAGAACACUCUCUUCUUCAACAGAAACAGUUUCAUCUGAAGGGGCCUUCAGG